CAGCGGUGGGGGAGGGGGCCGGGAGGGGAAGGGAAGUUUGUAGAUGGAGGCAUGUGGCCUGCUAGGAGCGCAUUUGGCUUUUCUUAGGGAUGGCUCUUGCUCACCCGAGCCUCACAAAGAUAAUCGCUCAGGAAGUGUUUCAGCCAAUCCGGCGCGGCUUUACACUCCGAUUUGCCGGGGCAGCCAAUCGGGGAUGAGCUUUCAUUAGGCGGCCAGAUCAUCAGCCGAAGUGCCAAACCCUUUUUCUGUGAGAACUAGGAGCCUGUCCUCCAUGUUUUAUAAGUAUUGACAUUACACAGUGUUAACAAUGCAUCCACAGAGUCCCAAAUCUGCCAGCCUGUUCUCUCUUCCUAACUGUGGAAAAAUGAGACGGUUGCUUGAACAUUGGUUGGCUUGGCUGAAGAGGAAAUAAAAACAGAACAGGAGGUGGUAGAGGGCAUGGAUAUCUCUACUCGCUCCAAAGAUCCUGGCUCUGCAGAGAGAACGGCCCAGAAAAGAAAGUUCCCUAGCCCUCCACAUUCUUCCAAUGGCCACUCGCCUCAGGACACAUCCACAAGCCCCAUUAAAAAGAAAAAGAAACCCGGCUUACUGAACAGUAACAGUAAGGAGCAGUCAGAACUAAGACAUGGUCCGUUUUACUAUAUGAAGCAGCCACUCACCACAGACCCUGUUGAUGUUGUACCGCAGGAUGGACGGAAUGAUUUCUACUGCUGGGUUUGUCACCGGGAAGGCCAAGUCCUUUGCUGUGAGCUCUGUCCCCGGGUUUAUCACGCUAAGUGUCUGAGACUGACAUCGGAACCAGAGGGGGACUGGUUUUGUCCUGAAUGUGAGAAGAUUACAGUAGCAGAAUGCAUCGAGACCCAGAGCAAAGCCAUGACCAUGCUGACCAUUGAGCAACUGUCCUACCUGCUCAAGUUUGCCAUUCAGAAGAUGAAGCAGCCAGGGACAGAUGCCUUCCAGAAGCCCGUUCCAUUGGAACAGCAUCCUGACUAUGCCGAGUAUAUUUUCCAUCCCAUGGAUCUUUGUACAUUGGAAAAGAAUGCUAAAAAGAAAAUGUAUGGCUGCACCGAAGCCUUCCUGGCCGAUGCAAAGUGGAUUUUGCACAACUGCAUCAUUUAUAAUGGGGGAAAUCACAAAUUGACGCAAAUAGCGAAAGUAGUCAUCAAAAUCUGUGAACACGAGAUGAACGAAAUCGAAGUAUGUCCAGAAUGUUAUCUAGCUGCUUGCCAAAAACGAGAUAACUGGUUUUGUGAACCUUGUAGCAAUCCACAUCCUUUGGUCUGGGCAAAACUGAAGGGCUUUCCAUUCUGGCCUGCAAAAGCUCUGAGGGAUAAAGACGGGCAGGUCGAUGCCCGUUUCUUUGGACAACACGACAGAGCCUGGGUUCCAAUAAAUAAUUGCUACCUCAUGUCUAAAGAAAUUCCCUUUUCUGUGAAAAAGACAAAAAGCAUCUUCAACAGUGCCAUGCAAGAGAUGGAAGUUUACGUGGACAACAUCCGCCGGAAGUUUGGGGUUUUUAAUUAUUCCCCGUUCAGGACACCGUACACGCCCAACAGCCAGUACCAAAUGCUGCUCGAUCCGUCUAACCCCAGCGCCGGCACUGCCAAGAUCGACAAGCAGGAGAAGGUGAAGCUCAACUUCGACAUGACGGCGUCCCCCAAGAUCCUGAUGAGCAAGCCCAUGCUGAGCGGGGGCGCGGGCCGCCGGAUCUCCUUGUCGGACAUGCCGCGCUCGCCCAUGAGCACGAACUCUUCCGUGCACACGGGCUCCGACGUGGAGCAGGACGCAGACAAGAAGGCCACGUCCAGCCACUUCAGCGCCAGCGAGGAGUCCAUGGACUUCCUGGAGAAGAGCACAGCUUCGCCAGCUUCCACAAAGACGGGACAAGCAGGGAGCCUGUCCGGCAGCCCGAAACCUUUCUCUCCGCAAGCAUCCGCACCAAUCAUGACGAAGACGGACAAAAUGUCUACCACCGGAAGCAUCCUGAAUCUUAACCUGGAUCGCAGCAAAGCCGAGAUGGACUUGAAGGAGCUCAGCGAGUCGGUCCAGCAGCAGUCGGCCCCGGUUCCUCUCAUCUCUCCCAAGCGGCAGAUUCGCAGCAGGUUCCAGCUGAAUCUGGACAAGACAAUAGAGAGUUGCAAAGCACAGCUAGGCAUCGAUGAAAUCUCGGAAGAUGUCUAUACGGCCGUAGAGCACAGCGAUUCAGAGGAUUCCGAGAAGUCAGAUAGUAGCGAUAGUGAGUAUAUCAGUGACGAUGAGCAGAAAACCAAGAACGAACCGGAAGACCCAGAGGACAAAGAGGGUAAUCGGAUGGACAAAGAGCCAUCCGCUGUCAAAAAAAAGCCCAAGCCUGCAAACCCAGUUGAGGUCAAAGAGGAGCUGAAAAGCACUUCGCCAGUCAGCGAGAAGGCAGACCCAGGGCCAGUCAAGGACAAGGCCAGCCCUGAGCCCGAGAAGGACUUUGCAGAGAAAGCGAAGCCAUCACCUCAUCCCACGAAGGAUAAGCUGAAAGGCAAAGACGAGAUGGAUUCCCCAACAGUACAUUUGGGCCUGGACUCCGAUUCAGAGAGCGAACUUGUCAUAGAUUUAGGAGAAGACCAUUCUGGGCGGGAGGGUCGAAAAAAUAAGAAGGAACCCAAAGAGCCAUCUCCCAAGCAGGACGUUGUAGGUAAAGCGACACCGUCCACCACGGCAGCAGGCAGCCAGUCUCCCCCCGAAACGCCGGUGCUCACUCGCUCUGCCGCCCAAACCCCUGCAGCCGGCGUCCCAGCCACCACCAGCGCGACGUCCACCGUCACGGUCACGGCGCCGGCCACCGCUGCCACGGGGAGCCCGGUGAAAAAGCAGAGGCCGCUUUUACCGAAGGAGACCGCCCCGGCUGUGCAGCGGGUCGUGUGGAACUCAUCAAGUAAGUUUCAAACGUCCUCCCAAAAGUGGCACAUGCAGAAGAUCCAGCGCCAGCAGCAGCAGCAGCACAGCCAGCAGCAGCAGCCUCAGUCUUCCCAGGGGACGAGAUAUCAGACCAGACAGGCCGUGAAAGCUGUCCAGCAGAAAGAGGUCACACAGAGCCCAUCCACAUCCACCAUCACCCUGGUGACCAGCACACAGCCGUCACCCCUGAUCAGCAGCACCGGAGCCAGCAGCACCCUUGCAUCUUCGAUCAGCGCCGACUUGCCUAUCGCCACGGCCUCCGCUGAUGUUGCUGCAGACAUCGCCAAGUACACUAGCAAAAUGAUGGAUGCGAUAAAAGGAACGAUGACAGAAAUAUAUAACGAUCUUUCCAAAAACACUACUGGAAGCACAAUCGCGGAGAUCCGCAGGCUGAGGAUUGAGAUUGAGAAGCUGCAGUGGCUGCACCAGCAGGAGCUGUCCGAGAUGAAACACAACUUGGAGCUGACCAUGGCUGAGAUGCGGCAGAGCCUGGAACAGGAGCGGGACCGGCUCAUUGCCGAGGUGAAGAAGCAGCUGGAACUUGAGAAGCAGCAGGCGGUGGACGAGACCAAGAAGAAGCAGUGGUGUGCAAACUGCAAGAAGGAGGCCAUCUUCUACUGCUGCUGGAACACCAGCUACUGUGACUACCCCUGCCAGCAGGCCCACUGGCCCGAGCACAUGAAGUCCUGCACCCAGUCAGCUACUGCCCCUCAGCAGGAAGCAGAUGCCGAGGUAAAUGCGGAAACAGUAAACAAGCCUUCUCAGGGGAGCUCCUCCAGCGCCCCGGCAGCCCCUGCGGACACGGCCAGCGCCACCAAAGAGAAGGAGCCAUCAACUGAGAAAAGCAAGGACAGUGGCUCGACCCUAGACCUUUCAGGCUCCAGAGAGACGCCCUCCUCCAUUCUCUUAGGCUCCAACCAAGGCUCUGUUAGCAAAAGGUGUGACAAGCAACCUGCCUAUGCCCCAACCACCACAGACCACCAGCCGCACCCCAACUACCCCGCCCAGAAGUACCAUUCCCGGAGCAGCAAGUCCAGCGCCUGGAGCAGCAGCGAGGAGAAGCGCGGGUCAGGCCGCACCGAGCACAGCGGCGCGGCCAGUGCCAAGAGCCUCCUCCCCAAAGAGUCUCGGCUGGACACCUUCUGGGACUAGGGGCAGUUGGUGCCCCAGGCCACCCAUGCCCCGGGGAAGCCACUCGGACCCCAGGAGAAGGGGACGGCAGAGCCAGAGCGGCCAGCGGAGACUUGAGAAAUGGGAACGCAGCCUCGGCCGGCGCGCUCGGCACCGGGCACCCACACUACACGACGUCCGGCAUCGCCUUGCUGAGACCGUUCGACCACUUGAGCCCUAAGCUUUAGGUGUAAAUAAUGUACAAUUGUGGAUGUCACUGAACCUAGAGUACCUUUCCUUUUUAUAUUUGUAUUGACUUUAACUUAUACAAAAAAAGAAGAAGAAAAACAAGCUAAAAAAAAACCCCAACAACAAAAAAGAAUGUUUUGGUGUUGGGAAGAGGGAUGCCCAGGGGUCCCCAGUGGUUGGGGCUGGGCCCAGGGAUUGGUGUCACAUACGGGACCUGGUCCUUGGAUCUGCGGGGGAGCUGAGCUGGUGUCCCCCAGCAGCGUGGCAGAGUCAGGAGUCCGAACACUGACCACGCCAAGCCAUCGGCCCCUCGCUGCCCUCUGUUACUAUGUUGCAGACGGGGCCCUGCAGGCCAGAGGGAUGCAUAGAAGGACGCGUCCUUUUGUGGAUUUAAAUGAUGACUCCUAAAAGGGAAAAACAACCACCUCGUUUACAGAAGCUACACAGAAACAAGCCCCGCUCAGCUAGAUCGCAGAAUGGGAGAUGGUAGGAAAGUGUUAGGGUCAUAAACUUGGCAACAAAGAAAAAUCUGUUUUCUUUGCUUUAUGGUUUCUUUAACCACGCCCACACACCCUUGAUAGGCUUUCUCCUCGGAGGCAGGAAGGCCGAGGCAGAACACACGCAGGGUCAUGUGCGUCUGGAUGGAGCAUGUAGGUAUUAUUUCCAGAUGCAGUUCAACGUUUUUAUGUAAGCAUGAAGCAGAGGCAGUAUGAGAGAAGGCAAGAGCCAUGCUGUCUGUUACACUACGUAUGCUGUAGUAUCAUUUUGUAUGUUGUGUAAAACAAAAGGCAUUGAUCAGAAGCAAAAGGUGAUGUAUGUAUAUGAGAAAAUUAAUUGUAUGAUAUCAUUCCAGUACAUUUUGUUGUACAUUUCAGUCUCAUUUACUUUCUCUUCAUUGUUAAUAAGAGGAUGCGAACUGUACAGUUUCCAGCUAGUUACCCAUAUUAGAAAAGAAAUAAGAAGAGCUACUAGAAGAAAACAAGAGAAAGAACAUUUGUGAAUUGCAGUUGUCAAAAAAGAAAAAAAAAAUAGCCUAGCUGGCCUUAUUUGUGAAGCAUAAUUGCUUUUAGCAUAUGGAAGUAUUUUUUCACAUUUUCUUUGUAUAAAAUUUGUAUUAAACUUAAAUAUCUUUUUUGACGAUUGUGUUUCUUUGUGACUGAGCCAGUGGACUCACACGGUAUGGUCUUUUGGGUUCUCCUCUCCCGUCCUCCCCUCCCAGUUUUUUCAGGUUCUUCGCCUUUUUUUAAUUAAACUGUUUUGGCAAAAUGG